AUGAAGAAAACCAUAUUGGUUAUUGGUGGAACAGGUGCCCAGGGUGUACCGGUCGUGAAAGCCCUGGCCACUAACUCGAAGUACGACAUCCGCGUUCUCACGAGGAACGCGUCUUCAAAAGAUGCUCAGCAGCUAGGAAGCCUCCCGGGUGUAUCUAUGUUUGAAGGAAACACCUAUGACGAGAAUACCCUUCGCCAAGCAUUCAAAAAUAUAAAUUGUGUCUUCGUCAAUACUAAUGGCUUUGCUAUUGGUGAAAAGUCAGAAAUAUAUUGGGGCAUCAGGCUCUACGAACUUUCUCAGGAAUACAAACUCGAGCAUUUCGUCUAUGCUGGCCUAGAGUAUGGUACUAAGCUUGGCAAUUUCAAUCCCAAGUACAGAUGCGGUCAUUUGGAUGGCAAGGGCAAGGUCGUGCAGUUUAUCUCCGCGCAGCCGACGUCCCCUAUGGCAUGGUCUGUGUUGACAUCGUGUAUGUAUAUGGAGGCUUUGUCGGAAUUCCUGCGCCCGUUUCCUGAUCCUGAAAACCCGGGUACGAUGAUUUUUACGGCACCCCUUGGGGGAGGGAAGUGUCCUCUUAUCUAUCUUGAGGACUAUGGAGCGUACGCGAGAUGGAUGUUUGACAGGCCUGCUCAAAGCAAUGGGCUCGAGUUACACGUUGCGACCGAAGAUAUCAGCUGGAAGGAUCUCGCAUACGCAUUUACAGAAGUCACUGGUCAAAAGGCAGAAUACAAAGACGUCACCUUGGAUGAGUAUUUCAAGCUUGGGAUCCUGGAUCCGACUGUCAAAGUUGGCCAUUCAACAGAUCCCACGGAUUCGACGUUGCUCACUUACAGAGAGAACUUCACAGGGUUCUGGAAUACGUGGAAGGACGAUCUGACUAAGAGGGAUUAUCAACUUUUGGAUACGAUUCUGCCGAUGAGAGUGAAGUCCGUGAAAGAGUGGAUGAGAAGGACAUGCUAUAACGGAAAGCCCAGGUCUCUGCUGAAAGACUACAGGGACAGAGCUGCGAAGUAG